AUGGAAAGUGCUGACUGGCCCUGGCUGUCCUUUGGGCCCUGGCAACCUCCAGCCUUGCUCACCCUCCUCUUUCCUGACAUGAGUCAAGUACAGGAGGUAGUAGGGAGAAAGAAAACCCAGGUAACCGGGAACCCCAAACGAACUCAGAUCGGCACCUCCUGGAGGGGACUUGAAAGCCUGCGGGGAUUAUCUAGGGUACACAGCAAGCGUGACCCAGGCCGGCUCACUUUGGUUACAGGAGUGGCGCGCUCUGAUCGCUUGGGUACCAGGCAGACAACAGGGUGCGGGGCGCAUGCCCCGUACACGUAUACGCCCUAUGGAAACGGCUCCAGGGCUAGCCCCCGCCUCUGCUCCGGGAUUUUCCAGCGGGUUAAUUUCCUGUGCCGGCAAAUCCUUUUGCAAGCGCCUCCCGGCUCCCUCCCCGCCUCUCCCUCCUCCCUCCCUACCGCCCGGGUCUGUCUGCUGGGUGCUCCGCCACCCCCGCGCGCCGGGGCGCACGCCCUCCCCGCCCCGCUGCCCUCGGGCUUCCAGUGUCCGGCAGCCGGGGCUCCGCUGCGCCGCCGCGCGCCAGGAUCUAGCGGAGAGCCGCGUCCACGUCGCCGCGUGCGGCCCGGGCCCUCGGCCAUGCGCCCCCGCGACCCUCCCCGCCGCCCUACUAGCCCAGCUGCGGCGCUCGGGCUCUGCAGCCUCCUGCUGCUGUUCCGGUCCGGGCACGGGUGCCCGGCGGGCUGCACCUGCACCGACCCUCACACCGUGGACUGCCGCGAUCGCGGGCUGCCCAGCGUGCCCGACCCCUUCCCCCUGGACGUGCGCAAGCUGCUAGUGGCCGGCAACCGCAUCCAGCAGAUCCCCGAGGACUUUUUCAUCUUCUAUGGCGAUCUGGUCUAUCUGGACUUCAGGAACAACUCGCUGCGCUCUCUGGAGGAGGGCACGUUCAGCGGUUCAGCCAAGCUCGCCUUCCUGGACCUCAGCUACAACAACCUGACCCAGCUGGGCGCUGGCGCCUUCCGCUCGGCCGCGAGGCUGGUCAAGCUGAGCCUGGCCAACAACCACCUGGCCGGUGUGCACGAGGCCGCCUUCGAGACCCUGGAGUCCCUGCAGGUGCUGGAGCUGAACGAUAAUAACUUGCGCAGCCUCAACGUGGCCGCCCUGGCCGCCCUGCCCGCGCUGCGCACAGUGCGCCUGGACGGGAACCCGUGGCUCUGCGACUGUGACUUCGCCCACCUCUUCUCCUGGAUCCAGGAGAACGCGUCCAAACUGCCCAAAGGUGAGCCAGGAGGUUGGACUGGCUGGGGUGCGGGAAGGAGCAGGGAUGGGCUACGGAUUGCCACAGCCCUGAAUCUGAGUGUAACAGGCUCUGGGUUGGGCCUGGAGGAGGACACCUGGGGGCUCAGCAGCAGCUGCCCUGGCUGA